AUGCCUCCACGGAGCCCCCGGCUGGCGCUGCCGGAGCGCCCCGAGCGCCGAGCACGCUCCCCCAUCAAGGCCACCGGCACCGCCUCUAGUGGCCCCGGCCUGGCCUCGCUGGCGGCGCUGGUGUCGCUGGACGGGUCGCGGGCGCUGCUGGCGCGAUGGCAGGAGUGGUCGCUGCUGCCGAUGGCGCUGAAGCUCCACAUCCUCCCGUCGUCGCUGCGCCCGCAUACGAUCCCCAUCCCCUUCCAGAUUAUGAUGCCGCCGAAGUUGUCGCCGCUGCCCCAGGUGCUGCCGCAGCAGCUGCCGGAAAUGGCGCUGCUGGACGUGCUGAUGGCGCUGAUGGGGCUGCUGCUGCUGCUGAUGCUGAACCCGGGCCGCUUAGUGUACACGGGGCUUGGCUACGAGCGCGUCGACGACGACCUCGACGGCGACCCGUUUUUCCUCCCGCCCGCAGCUAAUAAGGGCGGUAAACGAGUGCCUGACCAGUUGCUGAUCAUUGAAGAAUCGUCAGAAACGCUGUCGCGGGCGCUGAGCGUGCGCCGGCGCCUAGCGCUGGUGCGCCGCCCGUCGCGUGAUUUGGCGAAGGAAAUGCCCCUGCAAAUUCUCGAAGACGACGAUGAAGGUGAUGAAGGCGACGAUAGCGUCAUCAUUAAUAAGAAUAAGCGCCUUCCCGAGCUUCCCAGGCCAUCUCAGAGUGCGCCAACCCCGACAAAGGCGCCAGUCACUAUGGCGCCGAGCGCGAUUGGCGCCGAUACCAGCGCCGCUAGUUUAACCACUCCCGUGGCUACCCCCCCUCGCCAGGCUAAAUCCACUAAAUCGCCGCUGUUUUUCAGUCUGUGGCAGCUGAAAUUCGCCUGGAAUCAGCCGUGGGACGCCCCGCAAUCGACCCCUACUUCAUCGCCGCCGCAAACAAAGACUCGCCCUAAACUGAUGGCAAUCGACACCAAAUGGGAUGCGCUGCCUUUACUGGUAAAGACGAAACGGUAUUCGAUGCCUCCAGUGGCUACUGCGGCGCCUACCACUCCCACAAAGCCACGACCGGUACGUACAGGGAUUAAAGUGAUGGCGCCAAUGGCGGCGCCCACGGCGAAAAAGCCUCCCGUGUUAGCUCGUUCAGGGUCACAAACGCUGCGGCUGACGGUGCUGACCCCCAGUCAAGCUCCGACAACGUUUACUUUGACUACUUCUCCUGGUAAAGGCCUCCGCAGUCCCCCAGCGACUCAAGAGCGUUGCAUUGCCAUUGAGCGGCCCCUGGCACCAGCACCAGCACCUCCCGUCACUGAUCGUGUUGCUUCGGAUAAUCUGACGUCGCUGACGAGUCUGUGGGACCUGCUCCAGCAGCUGGUGGACAUCUCGUUAGCUGAUAAGCCGUCACGCCAACCGCGCCACAGUUCCGCCGAAUGGGUCACCGAAGAGGACGAAGGAGAAGAGGAGGAGGAAGAGGAUGAGGAAGAAGAGGAAACAGCCACUUUUGGAGCGGCCAGCCCGCGCCAGGGAGGGAGAAACUUCAGUAAUUUCGGGCUGAGUGCUUUGGUCCAGAUGGCGCCCCAGGCGUUCCUCAGACUGCCGCUGCACGAUAACCUGCACUACUUUGAGGACCUGGUCAUUGGAGCGUAUAUGGACGUUCUGGGAGUGAACACCACCGUUAAUCAGACUCUUGACGCGAUUGAGGAUAACUCCGACAGUGUCGACAACGUUUCCGACGAGGGCGAAGAAGCGACCCAAGAACUGUUUAAUGACAGCGGCAAUGACGGUAUGGGUAAGCGUUUUUCGUUCCCUAACGAUGCCACUAAUAUCACCAACGAAGCCGAGUUUAAGCAGCAUCCAGUGCACCAGCAACAACAACCCAGAGGCUACACCACUCCCCUGGGCCAGAUCGAGAUCCCCGACUUGAACCAGGUGGCUGCCAGCGCCUACUCAUCGCUGGCACCCCGGUCGCUGUUGGUUUUAUUUGAUGACGUCGCCCUGAGGGCGCUGACGGCGCUGACCGAACAGACGGCCCUUGAGCCCUUAGGCGAACCGACACAGGCAGCGCAAAAGGUGAUAAAUGACCAUUUUGAGGCGAUGCACAGCGACAGUGACUCCAAUACCGAGAUCUCGCUGACGACAUUCUCGAUGUUUAACCGGUCUAAAUUGGCCCCGCCUAAAGACGUCGAGGACCAAAAGGAAGGGAAAGCACGUGCGCCGAGUCCCCUGCGCCACCAGCGCCACCGCAGCCACCACCAGAUCGAUGUAGCCGACUUAGUCGCUCCUCAAACAGCGCAUUCGGCCCGCCGCCGGCGCCAGCUGUUUACUGUGGUUGACGCUCGUGAGCCCACCACUCCCACCACGCCAAAUCACCACCACAGCCGCAAAUCCACCCGCAAACUGGUGAAGAUCCUCUCGCCGCCGCCUCCCAGUGAUACCCUGGCGGCGCUGGCGGUGCUGGCCACCCCUGAGGAGAUGCUGAUUGUGGUGCUGCCGCCGCCAGCCCCUGUGGAGUAUGCCGUCGAUUUCGUUGAACUGAGCGCUAACGAUGACUCCCUAACUGCUGGCUAUUGCGCUAACGCCCAGCUGGAGGCGAAACACCUGAUUUACGCCCGGCGCUACCCUCACCAGCGGCGCCGUGAAUUGACGGAACUGCUGCCGACGCCGGCACUGCCGGGACUGCCAAUCACUCCCCCUGACCAAGUGGUGCCGGCACCGUUGCUGGCGCUGCUGAUGCUGAUGCUGCUGUACCACCACCUGGGGCUGGAGCUGGCGCACACUCGGCUGACGGCGCCGCUGGAGGUGAUGGUCGACGGCUACCACAUCACUGCCUAUAAACUGCCGUCGCCUCCCGUCACUACCGGCGCCGGAACUGUCGCAAACGACGGCAUCAACACCGACGAUAUCCUCAUCUCCGUCCACGAAGACAUCGGCGGCCAGCCAACGGAGGUGGUGCUUGUGGCUGACGACGACGACGAUAGCGACGAGUUGUUGCUGAUUUAUCUGAAGUACCGCCGCAACUACUUGUUCCGCAACUCCCUGACCGCAAGCAGAGCUAGUGGCGUGUCCACAGCAACUUCAGCCACUCACAACCAAGUAAAGGAAGUGGGGAAGCUUGGCGUACCCUCGCUGGCGUUUGUUGAAGGUUUGAAAGUGGUUAGUGCUGCUCCAAUGGAGACGAUAGCUGAGAAGGUGAGCCGCCGUGUACACCAGCAACGGGCUCCCGUAGGAGUGGACGGCUCGCCUCCCUUGACGGGGAUUGCCGCCACUUCCCACCAGUGGAGCCCCCGAGCCAAAGCGUGGCGGGUUGGCCGCAACCACUCUCAGGAAACGUCCUCUACUAAUUCUCGUUCCACUUCACGCGAACUCCACCAACGGUCACCAAACACUGAGAGAGUCUCACCAGUGACUAAAUGCACUCUGCCGCCGCCAAUGGUUAAAGCUGUUCUGCCACCGAUUGAAGGAUCCUCAUCAGCUACCAAGAGAGCGAUGCCUCCUUUCAAAGGACACCUGCCGUCACCAGUGACUAGAGGCACUCUGCCGUCACCGGUUGCUAACCACACCCAUUCCAGAUCACUGAUGUCUCCGCCGCCGACGCUAGCGCCAGCGCUGCCGCUGAGGAUUCCCAAGCUGCCGAGAAUGGCCAAUAUCCGUGGAGUAGUGACACCCCCGCCCAAGGCAGCGCACUUCCGCCACCUGUGGGCACCUCAGUCGCUGAAGAAACAGCUUAAGAUUCCCCCGACAAUGGGAUCGGGCUCUCCAAUUGAUCGGACCCAGGCGAAGUCGCCGUCGCCUUCUCAAUCGAGCGUUGGCGCCAGCGGGUCGCCAACUCCAACCAAGCCUCAAAUGCAACCAGAGACGAGACGUCCCCGCCCUAAGCUGGUUGGGGACCCUUUAUUUGCGCCUAAGGAGGCCCUGAAAGAGUCACCGAGCGAUCGCCGGCAGGCCCGGCGCCUGAUGUAUGACGUGGGCAAGCUGUACGCGUCUUCUCGAGGCGCUAAUGGCGACGCUGGCGACGCUAGCAAUACCAGUGUCUCUGAGACUACAGAGCGCGGCCACACUAGGGGUAAGAGCCUCGGCAGCCAGUACUACGACUACACCACCGGCAGCUACGACUUUAACUCGUUCAUGCAGCUGCGAACAACCCCGGCGUUUUGA